AUGGACGGACGUCAAUUAAAUUGUAACGACAAACGCCGCGAGGGUUACUGGGAUGAAAUAUGGCGAUUGCAUCGCAUAUCAAACAAAUUAAGCAAAGCAAAAAUAGCGUAUAAAAGAUCACUGGACGAACUCGAUCGCAUGAAAUGUAAUCAGUAAAAUAUCAAAGUUCACGAUAUUGUUUGACCGGUUUUCUAAAUUUAAAAAAAACCGUUCGCGUACCGAAAGAUACAACCGCGGACAACAAUAUCGUUUAGUUUCAGAUCUUUCGCGUGGUUUUUCUCGUAAUGUACUGGUUCAAAUAUUAUAUGAAUUUUUUUUUUUCGAAUCUCUAUACAACUUCUCUACCCGCAGACAUUUUUCUCCGGUCAAAACUUUAUAGCGACUUGCUAGUGACGUUUUAGAUGCAGUCGGUUCAUCGAGGAGAUCAUUAAUUACAUUUUCACUUAAGUUUAUUUUUUUUAAAAUUGCAAAACCGGCAAUUUAUCGUAGAAUUUUUGUCGAUUUCUGGGUUUAAUGGAAAAAAAAUACGACUGAUAAUAUUCCGUUCCGAUUCGUUUAUCGGUAACAAUGAUUUAUCGUCGCGUUCAGAUACAAAAUAAAAUUACCCCUUACGUCCUUAUUUCCAAUUUCCCUUCUAAAACAACGAUACACCCAUCAACGGUAUCGACAUUUUUCAAAUAUAUUUUAUACAUCUUUAUGCAUUAGAUAAUGCAAAUUUGUAAAAUAAAUAAUUACACACCGCUUUUUAUUUUUAGCUAUUGUGGUUAACGACUCCGAUCGCGGUGUGUCCGGUAACAACGAUACACUACCCCAACGCCAAUUGGUUGUUGAGAAACAAACAACUAAAAGGAAGUAUCCGUCAAGUGUACACAAGUACCAGUGGAAAAAACACCGUCUGGUAUGGACAAACGACGACAUACCUAAAUGA